AUGGCUGUUCGGCUCUUUGAGGGUAAAAAGCAGGCAGCUGCUUACCUGCAGUACAGAGUCGCACCACAUGAACUCACCAGCAGGAUCAUGAGCUUCAUGGAGAAAAAGACACCAAAACAGUUCAACCUUGCAGUGGAUGUGGGCUGCGGUUCGGGGCAAGGGACAACCCUUUUGGCCCCGUACUUUACGAAGGUGGUCGGAACAGACAUCAGUCCCACCCAGCUGGAGAUGGCGCUGGCCAGUGGCUUCCCUGCAAAUGUCUCAUACAGACAGUGUCCGGCUGAGGAGCUUCCCUUCGCGUCCGGAGAGGUGGACCUUGUGACGGCCAUGACGGCGGCUCAUUGGUUCGACCGCCAGCGCUUCCUCCAGGAGGCUGACAGGGUCCUGAGGCCUGGAGGCUGCCUGGCCCUCCUGAGCUACACCAUGGACAUGGAGCUGGAGUAUGGGGACGUGUCCAACACAUUAAAUGACAUCUGUAAAGAAUUUUACGCUGCCCUGCUUCCUUUCCGAAAUCCCUAUAUAGGAUCAAGCUCUCUGAAGAUCUACUCAGACAUGUUUGCCUCCUGCUCCUACCCAGACAAAGAGUGGAACGAGUGUCUUUGCGUAAAAAGAACCUUGCCACUGAGUGGAUAUAUUGGCAUGGUGGAGACCUUCUCCAGCUACCAGCUCCUGCAACAACAGGACCCUGCGGAGGCUGAACGUCUCUCUAAUGACAUCAGGAACAAGUUGCUGUCUACCAUGAAGGUUUCUUCUCCGGACACAGAGGUUACAGUGAUUGUCAAGUAUUUCUACUGGCUAGCACACAAACCCUGAACAUUCUGACUGCCUGGAGUGUUUACAAGUCUUUUUGGCUUGUUAAACUAACUCUACUAGUGACCCACUGUCAACAGUUGUAUGUUGACUGGUUGUGACCAGCUCAAUCCAAAAAGCACUUCCAUUUUUCAAGGCACCAAGAAGCUGAAAUGAUCCAGUGAUUCAGAAGGAAAAAUCACUUUGAAAAUGAAGCUGGAAACAUUUUACUUUUGGAUAAAGAUAUCUGAGGUUUUUACUCAUGUAAUAAUAAAACAAUUAUGUUCUGAAGCUGCUGUUUAAUGAACUCCAGGCUUGACCUCUGUGCAUGCAGAGUUCUCCAGAGUGAACACUAG